CAAACCCGCCCAACAACCACUGCCAAACUCCCUCCCUCGCCUCUCUUCCUUCCUCCGAUGGCCAUCACCGCCGUCUCCUCCCUCAAAUCCGCCCUCCUUCACCCAAUCUCCGCCGCCCCCGUAGACUACGCCAUCUCCCUCGACCUUUCCCCACCCUCCACCCACGUCUUCCACUACCACGGCUCCGGCGGAUUCCUCCGCGAGUGUGCCAACUGGGAUCCCCCGCCGGCCGGUUCAUCGUCUCCCUCUUCAAAGGCGGCAUAAUCCGCUUCCUCGACGACUAAUCCUCCGAACACGUCCUCCGCGAGGUCCAACUGGCCAAGCACACCGACAUGACUGGCAACGGCGUCACUCGGUUUGGCCGUCGACGAGGAACAGGGUGCUGGUGGCGGCCGCCGAUGCUCUGUGGAACAAGUACGGUUUCCUCGGGUUGGUGCACGUACGUCUUGUAUAUCCUUUCCAUUAUACAAUUGAAAAAAGAAACAACAGAACAUCAAUUUGGAAGAAUUCGGCAGAUUUUCCAACAAGCCAGAAAGAGGACGACAAAUUAAAAAGCUUUUUUACGCGACUUGGAAAACUUCUCUUGAUGUUCAAUACAAUGUCCACAGGAUCUGCCGCGGAGACAUAUGGUAAACAACUAGGAGAAGACAAACAAUAUUACGUGUCAUUGAAGACACUGGAUUUCCACUGAUGUUACAAAGACAAUAUGCGAGAUAAACGCUGUCUUCCAUAAGACACAUGAACGGCUGCAGUGCUGAUGAAAGGGAAGCCCUUUUGAAGUUCAAGGCUGAUCUUGAAGACCCUUCUAGCUGGCUAACAUCUUGGGUUGGCCAAGAGGAUUGUUGUACAUGGUCUCAUGUCGUCUGUGACAACUACACUGGCCAUGUCACCGAGCUCCAUCUCGGAUUGCCGCAGCCUUCUAACUGGUCAAAUUCUGUGCUUAGUGGUAAGCUCAACCCUUCCUUGCUUGAGUUGAAGUAUCUAGGUUAUUUGGACCUGUCUAACAGCGACUUUCAUGGUAUUCAAGUUCCAAGCUUUCUUGGCUUGAUGACUAGUUUGAAUACCCUUUACCUUGAUGAAGCUGGGUUUGGAGGAUUGAUUCCUCACCAGUUGGGAAAUCUCUCGAAUCUGCAACACCUUGGCCUUCAGGCCUCUAAACAUUAUGGACUGUAUGCAGAUAGUUUGAGGUGGCUUUCUGGUCUCCCUUCACUAAAAUUCCUUGAUUUGAGUAAUGUUGAUCUUAGUAAUGCUUCCGACUGGUUGAACAUGAUAAACGCACUCCCAUCCCUUUCAAAACUAUAUCUGGCUAACUGUCAAAUCCUCCAUACCCCGGCCCUCGCCAAUGUUAACUUGUCUUCGUUGUCUUCUUUAAGUUUGUACCACAAUCAAUUUGAUCAAACUUCAGUUCCAAGUUGGGUGUUUCAUCUUAAGAGCCUUACUUUCUUGAAUCUAGCAUACAACACUUUUCGUGGCCCAAUUCCUCUGCAACUUCAAAACCUUACUUCGCUCAGGACCCUUGAAUUAGCUUCCAAUCAUUUCAAUCAUUCGGUGCCAAACUGGCUAUACAGUUUACAUCAUCUGGAGUACCUUGAUCUAUACAGUAACAAAUUGAAUGGCAGAGUCUCAACAAUUGGGAUUGGAAACUUGUCUUCUCUUGUUCAUCUUGAUAUGUCUGUCAAUCAUGGCCUCGAAUUUGAAAGGGGGAUUCCUGAAUCAUUCAAAAGCUUAUGCCGCUUGAGGUCACUUUCUCUGGGAUAUGUAAAACUGAAUCAAAAUGUAUCAGAGGUUCUUGAAAUUCUUGGAGAAUGUGCUUCUAAUACUUUGCAGGAGUUGUAUCUGGAUACUUGCCAACUGCAUGGUCAGUUGACCGAUCAGAUUGGCUUGUUCAAGAGACUUAACCGUCUCAUUCUUCCUAACAAUUCUAUUUCUGGUCCACUUCCGAGUUCAUUUGGAGAAAUGACAUCUUUGAAUCAUUUAGACCUUUCAAGAAACAAGAUAAAUGGGAGCUUUCCAACAAGUUUUGGGUCACUGACAGGGUUGGCCUAUGUGGAUAUCUCUCGGAAUGCAAUGCAUGGUGUUGUACUCCCUGAAAUUCACUUCGCCAACCUCACAAAGUUGACCUUCUUUCUUGCUUCUGGAAACCAAAUGGCGUUCAAAGCUAAUCCAGAUUGGGUUCCUUCCAGGCUACUUCAAAUUCUGAACUUGGUGUCCUGGUAUGUUGGACCUGGAUUUCCCCAUUGGCUCAAAGGUCUGCAGUAUCUGAAGUCUCUUGAUCUGGCUAACUCUGGAAUUUCAGAACCAAUCCCUGACUGGUUCUGGAGUAUGUCAUCCCAAUUCUAUUAUAUGAAUUUCUCGCACAACCAAAUCUCUGGGAGGCUUGCAAAUAUUAUCUCUGUUGUUGGCACCGACUCAUUGUUUGAUUUCAGCAACAAUCACUUGGAAGGGCCGCUGCCCAUGAUUUCGUCCAAUCUCACUUUGUUGGACUUAUCCUACAAUCUGUUAUCCGGAAAUUUGGUCAAGUUCUUGUGUUUCCAUCCUUCUGAAAUGCGGACUACUCAGUAUCUGAAUCUUUGUGGUAAUCUUUUGUCUGGUGAGAUACCUGGCUGCUGGAAAAAUUGGCGGAGUUUGGAGGUCCUGAGACUUGGUAGCAACAAGUUCAUAGGAAGAAUUCCGAACUCCAUCGGAACUUUAACCUCACUUGUGUCUUUACACAUUCAGAACAACAGCCUGACAGGUGAAAUUCCUUUGUCCCUUGGUAACUGCUCGAAGUUGCUCACUAUUGACUUGGGUUAUAAUGGAUUGGAAGGAGAGAUUCCAAGGUGGAUGGGGGUGUCGCUUUCCAGGUUGUCUAUUCUGAAUUUGCGUGCAAAUAAAUUUCAUGGCAGCAUGCCGGUGGAACUUUGCCAUCUCCAGUUUCUACAAAUUUUGGACCUUUCUCACAACUCACUUUCAGGGAGCCUCCCAGAAUGUCUGUCUAAUUUCAUUGCAAUGGCAACCUCAGAUAAUACUGAUGUUGCUGUAAUUUAUCUAUUUUUUGGAGGGGGUGAAGUGUACAGCGAAAAUCAAAUUUUAUUGACCAAAGGGAGCUUUGUUGAUUACAGUACCAUACUGAACUAUGUAAGAAGUGUAGACCUUUCCUGCAACAACUUAUCUGGAGUAAUACCAGAGGAGAUCACAGACCUAAAGGAACUCCAGUACCUGAACUUGUCGCAUAAUUUAUUCUCAUGUAGAAUGCCAGAGGGUUUGCAGACAAUGGAAUCACUGGAAUCGAUGGACUUAUCUGUGAACCGGCUAACAGGAGUAAUUCCUCCUGGAAUUGCAAGUCUGACAUUCCUGAGUUACUUGAACUUGUCCUACAACAACUUGAGUGGUGAAAUUCCUUCAAGCACUCAACUGCAGAGUUUCGAUUCUUGGAGCUUCAUAGGAAACCAAGACCUCUGUGGCCUUCCAUUGAACAAAGGUUGUAGUGCGAGCAUAGCUGUGCCUAGUUCUGGAAAUGACGAUGAAGAGGAUGAAUUUUUAUGGUUCUCCAUCAGCACGUCCAUUGGCUUUGUGACUGGUUUUGCUGUUACAGUCUGGUCUUUUUUCUUUGGAUUAUCAAAUAAUAUACCCUGGAGUUCCUGAAUCACCCGGGGCACAGAUUCUGCAGCUGUAUUUAUUAUCAUCCUCUUUUCCUUCCAGUUAUCUUGUGGUGGCAUCAGUUUGAAACUCUGCUCAAGAGGUACUUCUCCUGAAACUUAAUUAAUUACAAUGUCACAUAUCUUUCUUUUGUGGCUCAUGCUUCAACUUCCUAAUAUCACUUUUCUCUGUUUGCUGAUGGGUUGAAGGAGCUUGAUGUGGACAAUUAUAAUGACGACGAUGAUGAAGGUUAGUAGGACUUUUCCAAGUAAACCCUUUUUGCUCACUAUUUCAAUGGUUUGUAACUUGUUCGUUAUUGCUGAUAUAUCAUUUGAAAUAUACAGAGAGCGAGCUUUGCAGCUCUGGGAGUGGAGACGUUUAUUAUCCUAGUAAUGACCAGGAUCCUUAUCUCAAGGGUGUAGAUGUUAGUCUUACUACUGUCAUGCUUUCUUUUGUGGUGUGAACUUGCUUGCAUUUGCCUGUGACUGCGUGUCUUAGGAUGAAUUGUGUUGCGUAUGAGCAUUCCUAAGGGACUGAUGAAGCAAAGAAUCUGAUUAUUCAGCCAAAAGAGUUCCCUGAGUUUAUCUUGCUUCAUCUGGUUUAUCUUGCUGUGUUUUCAGGCCUCAAUUCUAUACUAAGUAGGAGUCACACUGACUAUGUACUCGGACUCGGUUGGAACAAGCAGUUUUAGGUUUGUUAAAUAUAUUCUGUCUUGGCUUUUAUCCUCUCUUCCUUUAAAAUUUAUCUAACAAGGUCUACAAAAAAUCUACAGGAAUAUCCUUGGGAGUGCCAGUGCUGACAAGCAAUUUAACAGCUGGGAUGUUGCUACUCAACAAUGUAAUAUCACAUGGGCGAAUCAUAAUAACAAGGCAAGAAUGUCCCUUAGCUGAUAAUUAUACUGCCAUGCAUUAAGAUUAUAUUGUAUUUAUUGGUAUAAACCUGCUGCAAGUUCCUCCUGAUUUAACAGUUGUGCUUCUGUGGGUUGUGGACUAUAAUUUUUCUGUCUCUACAGGUCCAGUUAGUUGCAUGGAAUCAACAUGAGCCACAAGUUCUUCUUAGCUGAGCUUUUGAUCGCUCAGUUGUCGUGGUAAAUGAAUACCCUGUGCAAUUUAAGUUUUUUGUUACUAUUGAUGCAUAAACUACGGUCUAUGUCUUGAAGCCAAGGCUCUAGCAAUGAGCAACAUAAUGAGAUACUUGUAUGGCUUUUGCAUACUGCAGAAUGAUGAUAGGAUACAUACACGCCCAGGUUUAGCUGGUCAAUUGCAGCUGAUGUAGAAAGCUUGGCAUGGGAUCCACACAAUAGUCACUUUAUAUUCUUCUCUAUAUGAGAAACGGAACCAUCUUAAGGUGGCAAUUUUAAUCCAAUCCACCAAUCCAAUUCAUCAAUCCAUUAAAAAUAUCCACCUAAUCCAAUCCAUUUAAAUCCAAUCCAUUUUAUCCAAAUCCAAUUAGAUUGGUGGAUUCAUGGAUUGGAUCCAUGGAUCAUUGGCAAAUUACGGUUUAGUACCUAUAAUUUGUAUUUUUUACAUUUUGGUACCUAAAAUUUAAUUUUUUAUACGAAAAAUAUCAUUGGAAAAUUACGUUUUGGUACCUAAAAUUUUUCAUUAUGACAUUUUAGUACCUAAACUUUUUACAUAUUGGUCCUUGGUUGAGGAUGUCAUUUGGAUUCAUGGAUAAUCCACCAAUCCACUUGAUCCAAUCCAUGAAUCCACCAAUCCACCAAUCCAAUCCAUUUGCCACUUCUACAUCUUACCAUUGGGCACUAAAGCGAGAGUUAAAAAGAAAAAUCCUUUUUAGGUGAGUCUUGGAGAUGGUAUUAUUCUCCCUUGUCUUGUCAGAGGAUAGCGCAUUUCUCCUGGCUAUUGGAGGUUCAAAGGGAACCCUGGAAGUAAGUAUAUUUCCUACAUACCUCUCAUCAUUCUGUGCGCGAUGUCAAUGUGAAUGAAAUGCUGUGUUGUGCUGUGCAAGUUAGUUUGCAAAAUCGUGAUUGAAACGUGUAUGCUGCUCGAAAUUUUGCAGGUAUGAAACAGAGUCGGAUUUCGAACCGAUUCAGGGACUAUAAUCAUAGCAAGCUCUCGAACUCAUAUUGAGACGAGAUUUGAUGGAGUUGUGGUGAAGCAGUGCCAUUGCAAGCCGCACCGUAGCAAUGUUAUGAAUCUUCAAAGGUUUGUGAAAUGUUAGAAUGGUAGUGUUUGCUGGUUUAUCAUGUGCGGAAGCGGAACAAUUUAGUGCAGAAAACCUCUGUUACCAUCAGUACAUUUUCAGUUGAAGUUUUGUGUAGAGUUUUGGUCUUUUUGGUAUUGGAAACUUGCUGGAGAAGACGAAAAAGGUUUAGCGGCAAGCAAGAGUUACGGAUUGGCUACAUUGCUUGCUUCAAGACCACUAGCUUACAUUCGAUUUCUCCCAAGUCUUCAAUGGUUUCUUUAUUGUAGUACAUGGUAGAUAGCUCCAUUAAUUGUCUUCCAGAAGAAGCAAGCGUAGAAGUCAAAACUAAAGAAACCUAAAAUAUUCUUCGACUUUUGUAAAGAGAAAUUUGCUGCGAGGAAGUGGGUUGUGGGAGUUGGCAUCAACCAACCUACGCAGUUACUAUAUGGACAUAAAUGGGUAUUGGGAAGUGAAAAUUCUUCAUUCAUUUUUCUCCAACUUAUGUUAUUUUGAAUGCCAUUGUUCUUCUACUAUAUUACAACGUGGGAUCUUGGUACAUACGUUUAAGAUUACCUUGAUUUUUAUGACAAGUAUAUAGGGAGAGCAAUUUGGGCUUAUAACCCUAACCCUUCAGUGGCCACCAAAAGAUCUUUCCCAGAAUCAUAAGCUGGGAGAAUCUAAUACAAGAGCAUCAUGCUAUCAAGAUUGUUUUCCUUAAAAUGGUAGGCUGUAAAAACUGAACCCUUAUAAUAUAGGAAGAACCGAAGAAGUAUCUACAAAUAUUCUAAACGAUGACAUUUUUCUCCAACUGAAUUAGAAAAGUACAUACUUAGCUCUUAUUGAUAUUAGAUUGGUUUAACUAUACAUCGUUUGAAACAAAAUCAUGCAUCUAUUUAUAACAUCCACUCGUAUAUACAACUUGUUCGUUGUAUAUCAAUAUUUUUUUUUUUGACAAGGUAUAUCAAUAUUAUUAAGCUUUCAUCAUCUAUCAUAAUAUACACAUUUUUUUAUA